UCUAUAUUCACGGUUUCAUUGAUCUUUGUUGCAUUCUCUUUUUCUCAUGCUCAAACGCUAACACCACAUCAUUCUUCCUUUCAUUCUAGUCUCUUUCACUUGCUGGUGGGUGGAGUUAGAGGGUGACACCUUCUUUCUCUUUCUUUCUCUCUCUCUCAUUCUAAUCACUUUUAUUAUUAUGUGCUCUCAGCUUUCCCUGAAAUCUAGCUCCAACUCAACAGAUAAGGAGAGAGAAACUCUAGAGAGAGUUAGUUUAUUAGGGCUCUCACAUUGCACCCUUUCAUCAUCUUCAUAAUUCAUAACCUAAUAGCUAGCUCUCCUUUUCCUCCACUUUCCUCUCUUUUCUUUUCUAGUAAUCCUCGGGAUCUGAGAUCUCUCUCAUUUUCUUUGAAUAACACACAAAGAGACAAUUUCAUCAAGGAAGAAGGGAUUCAGUUCAAUUCCCGAGGAUAACAAAUUAAACUUUUCCUGCCUUUCUUUAUUUCAGUGCUGUUUUUGUGUCCAGUUUUGUUGGAUUUGACCAAGUCACUUGAUUGAAGACAGCAGAGAGACAAGUUUCUUAUCUUGUUCAUACACCAUGAUGAUUUAAUUUAGUGCUGCAAACGAGGUUGUUUCUUCAGAUCCACACCAGAAUUCUAGUUGGAGUUCUUACAAUUCUUACAUAAUCGAAGAUAUCAAGGUUUUAAUUCUUAAUUUUGGGGGUAGAUAUGAACACAUUUUCACAUGUACCUCCAGGCUUUCGGUUUCAUCCGACGGAUGAAGAACUUGUUGAUUACUACCUUAGGAAGAAAAUUGCAUCUAAAAGGAUUGAUUUAGAUGUCAUCAAAGAUGUUGAUCUCUAUAAAAUAGAACCAUGGGAUCUUCAAGAACUAUGCAAAAUAGGCACGGAUGAUCAAAGUGACUGGUAUUUCUUUAGCCAUAAAGAUAAGAAGUACCCAACUGGAACUCGCACAAAUAGAGCCACAAAAGCAGGAUUCUGGAAAGCUACAGGAAGAGAUAAGGCAAUAUACUUGAAGCAUUGCUUGAUUGGAAUGAGAAAAACUCUUGUUUUUUACAAAGGACGAGCCCCAAAUGGACAGAAGUCAGAUUGGAUCAUGCAUGAGUACCGGCUAGAAACUAAUGAAAAUGGAUCAACUCUUCAUCAGGAAGAAGGGUGGGUGGUGUGCAGGGUGUUCAAGAAGAGAAUGACAACAUCACAGAAAAUGGGGGAGUACGAGUCACACUGUUGGUAUGAAGACCAAGUUUCCUUUAUGCAAGAUCUUGAAUCACCAAGGCCAAUUCCUCAUCACCCUUAUGCAACAUACCCUAAUUGCAAGGCAGAGCUGGAUCAAUUGCAAUACAAUAUGGCCCAAGAUCAUUUCCUCCAGCUUCCCCAGUUAGAAAGCCCCAAAGUUACUCAAUCACCCCCCACUUCACUUGUCCAUUAUGUCUAUGCAAGCAAUGGAAGCACCUUGCAGUUGUCAUCACUCACUCAAGAAGAAAUACAGGUGCAGAAUCUCCACCACCAAACUCUGCAUUCCCUAGACCAAGUGACAGAUUGGAGAGUACUUGAUAAAUUUGUUGCUUCUCAGCUGAGUCAUGACCAAGAUCAUGGUUCCAAGGAAACUAGUUAUUCCCAAGAACAUACUUCAACAUCCACCUCCAGUGGCCAGAUUAAUCUGUGGAAGUGAAAUAUUAUCUAGUAAGAUGCAUACUAAUUAUAUAUAGGAAGUACAGUUCAAUGUUGGAGAAAAUUAAAAGACCAAAGUGUAUAUGUUGAAAAGUUUGGCUGUAAAUAUAUUAAGCCAAAUAUUUUGCUUAUCACAAUAGUUGGUGGAACCUGUUCUGGAGUUUGGAGUAUGGAACAGAUGUAUUCACUAAUUCUAGGCAAUGUACUAGUUGCCCUAAAUAUGCUGCUUAUAUAUAGCAAAUAAGUUAGUAUUUGAGGUCCACUACAGCAGGGAGGAAGACUGAUGGUGGAAUGAUUUCUGUGAAUUGAAUGUUAAAAGUGAUUUGUACAUUACAGCUUAAUAUGAUCUUAAGUUUAAAGAUAAACAAACAAGUACUCAUGCAGUUGUUCUUGUACCUGAAUUAUUACUUGAAUCUACAUGUAAUAGGAACGAAGUGUAAGAAUGGAUGGUUGAGAUUUGAGAAUAUAAAUUACAAAGCAUGCAUUUUGAUUUAACAUAAGUGCUGUAUAAAUUUCUAUUAAACUUAAUUAACUUUACAUGUUAACGCAUUGAAGUCACAAUGUUAAAAUCUUACUUCUCGGUUUUUUUUUGGAAGGCCAAAUAAUAAUAUAAAUAAGAUUUGUAGCACAAGGGGUGCUACUUCCCUAAUACAAGGACAGCAGAAAAAAGGGGUCAAAACAGAGAGAAAAAGAAGAGAGGAAGAGUAUAUACAAUAGCCAAAGAGGCACAACCAGAAGCGAAGAUCAUAAGUGCCAGUUCCCAGCAGCAGCAAGGGAACAAGGAGGGUAUGACAGUAGGCCAAGUGCUGCUUGUCUUACAUGUUAAUGCAUUGAAGUCACAAUGUUAAAAUUUUACUUCUCCGUUAAUGUGUGAGUUUUCUUAUUUGACUCCACAGCAAACGAAAACCAAACACAAACGCUUAAAUGCCCUUUCCUCCCAUAGUGAAGCACCAUCUAGUUGUGCUCCCUAUUGAUGUGUGUAAUUCCAUAAAGAUUGUGUUGCUUAACUUUGGAAAAUUAUACAUUCAUACUCAAAUUCCAUCCCCACACAAAACAGAAGGAAAUAGAAGAUAUGGAACUAAGGCAUAUGAUAUGUGAUGGGCAAAGAUAUUAGAAGCAUCAAUUACGUAGAGAUAUGACAUAGAUAACUUUUAUGACGGGUACAACAACUCUCAACUCUUAAGCUAACUUUUGAAUUGAGUUAGAUCUCUCAAAUUCUAAUAAAAUAAGAAAUAUGAGAAGAAAAAGUGUGUGAAAUGGUAUUGAAGAGAAAAGGAGUGUUAAUGUAGUAACCUUAAACAAUGUUAAUCAAUACAAUUGUAAUGGUUAAAAACUUUUGAAUUGCAACAAAAUUCAUAAGCACUGAAAUAUGUAGUUGUUUGCAAAAUUCAUAAGGAACACAUGAUAUCAAAUUAAAUCCGGAACGAUACUGAUUCUAGUGACACUUCUGAAUUCCAAAAUGCAGUUUUACAUCAAACAAAUAUCUUCAAAGAGAAAAAAAAAAC